CUUGACAAAUAAAUUUCUCAUAUUCAGUUGGUUUUUCGACUUGCAAAAACACGCAAAAUGGCUUCAAUCUUACAAAGAGCAGCAACUUUGUACCUUCAAAAUCAAGCACGUACUGUAUCACAUUCUGCUACAGCUGGAGGACAUGGCGGUGGCUACAAGCUGUGGAAGAAGUUGACCUUCUUUGUGGCAUUCCCAGCUGUAGGUCUUGGUAUGCUCAAUGCUUACUUAGCUCACCAGGAGGAACAUCACGAGCGCCCACCAUUCGUUCCCUACGAAUACCUGCGCAUCCGCACCAAGAGAUUCCCAUGGGGUGAUGGUCAGAAGACUCUGUUCCACAACCCCCAUGUCAAUGCCCUGCCAAGUGGCUAUGAGGAUGAGCACUAAAUUUUACUGUUACCAGCUUUAAUGUUAGACAAUUCAUUUGCUGUUUCAAUUUGCGUCAGUUUUGCGUGUAGGUUACAAAAUUGUGUAUUGUAAGAUAAUAUAAAAGUGAUAAAAUACUA